AUGGAGAGGGGGAAGGGGAAGAAGAAGGGGAAGGAGCCAGAGAAAGAAAAAAUUCGGGAAAAAGGAAAGGAGGAGAAAGAGAAAAAGGAGGUGGAGAAGGAGAAAAUUAAGGGAAAAGAAAAGAAGGGGAAAGAGACAGGGAAGGAGGAGAAAAAUAAGUGUAGAGAGGAGGAAAAGAAAGAGCGGGAGACCGAGAAAGAGAAGGAACAACUUGAGGGAAAAGACAAAGAGAAGAAGGAUAACAACGCCUUGACGAAGCCCCCGCUGGAGCCUCUGGAAAAAAAUAAGCAGAUCCUUGUGUUGGGCCUGGACGGAGCAGGAAAGACCAGUGUUCUCCACUCUCUAGCUUUAAACAAAGUCCAGCACAGUGUGGCACCCACCCAAGGUUUCAAUGCAGUAUGCAUCAACACUGAAGAUAGCCAAAUGGAAUUCCUAGAGAUUGGCGGCAGUGAACCUUUCCGUUCCUAUUGGGAAAUGUACCUGUCCAGAGGAUUGCUGCUGAUCUUUGUGGUAGAUUCAGCAGAUCACAACAGAUUACCUGAAGCCAAGAAACACCUUCAUCAAUUAAUUGGAACAAACCCAAUCCUUCCUCUGGUUGUGUUUGCAAACAAACAGGAUCUUGAAACAGCCUAUCGUAUUACAGAUAUCCACGAAGCUUUGGCAUUGUCUGAGGUGGGAAAUGACAGGAAGAUGUUCUUGUUUGGAACACAAGUGACUGAAAAUGGCUCAGAAAUACCCUCCGUCAUGCAAGAUGCCAAAGACUUGAUUGCACACCUGGCUGCAGAUAUGCAGUGACCGAGCCUGGGCCCACUGUGCAGCUCUCAAUCUAAAUGUCACCAAGGAGUGUUAAGUGACAGGUUUGAAGCCACAGGUUUCCACUGUCGAAUAAAAAAUAAGCCACUUUCUAUUUUCUCAGUGUGUGACAUAUAUACAAAGAUAAUGUUAAUUGAUUAAGAGUGUC